AUGCUCGAUUUUGAAGAGCAAGGAAGCCAUUAUAUUGAAGAAAGAGCUCUGUGUAAAGUCCUUCAAGAAGCAACGCCGCAUAAACCGGUGCAGAAGGAAGGUGAAGUGUGUCCAUUGCUUCGGAAAGAGCAUAGUAGAGCUUUAUGCGGUUCCAGAAAACUGGCAAUUGUAGUUGUAUUCAAGUCGCUAGAAUUCAAAGCUACUGAUGGCUCUCUAUUGUCGGAAUCGCGUAAACAUCCCUUGGCAGAGAUUGGAAAGCACACUAACCGGUCCUCGUCUCGGGCGAAGAAACUACCAGACUCGGAAUCGUCUUCGACACUUAGGUUAGAGACUAGGAAGAUGAGAGGCUCAAAGAAUAGAGCUGCGGAGAAGAAUGUCGGAACUUUCCAAUUUACAGUGGUGCCAUUUGGGGGCAAUUUCUUUCCCCUUUUUUUAAAUAAGGACAAUGCAUCACCGUUUGAAAUAAUGCAGCCCAGAAAUCACUCAUAUCAUCCUGAAGAAGCUCUGCGUAAACAGUGCUACGAUAACACCAUCAACUUGCAAACUCAAACACGAUAA